AUGGCCCGGGGCUGGCUCCGGGGCGGGGGAUUAGAAACGGACAAAUCCCCCCAGCUCCGCAGCUCGGGCGCGUGUCAAGGCUCCCCCACGGGGCGGGAAAAGCCGGGGCCGGGCCGGGGGGACGCGAAUCGCCCCACUUCGGAGUCCUACGGGCAACUCUCGGCGCAACACGGAGCCGAUCCGGAGCGGCGGGUCCGCCCCGCCAGCCCCACCCAGGAAGAGAGUGAGGGGGAGCCGAGGGGCGUGACCCGAUCCCGCAGCAUCAACAGCGCCCUGAGCCAGGCUGGGCGGCCCCGGAGCCUCCGCGUGCAGAAGGAGCCGCGACGCCACACAAUCACCCACGGCAUCGACUACGGGGCGCUGCAGCGCAGGCAGGCGCGGGAGCGGGAGCGGGACGCGCUGCUGCAGGGGCUGGAACUGGCCGAGCGCCUGCGGGGCUGGUACCGGCGCCACCUGCUGGAGGCCCAGCGCAGGCAGGAGCAGGCGGGGGCGGAGCCGGAUUAUUUCCCGGAUUCGUGCCCCAAUCAGAGCUGCCUCCUGCUGGCCAAGAUCCAGGAGGUGAAUCUCGGGCUGCGAAACCUACUGGCCAGCCCUGGAAAGGCUGACCCUCCCCCCUGCUUCCCCUCCAGCCGGUUUGGGGGCCCCCUCUUCCAAAUGGGAAAGCAGCAGGAAUUUCAGCAGCAAGCCGUGAACGUGCUGAAGGAGCAGAACCGCCUGCUCAUCAAGGAGGUGUCAGAGAAGAGCGACCGCAUCGCCCAGCUGGAGCAGGAGAAGGCGGCCCUGUGCAGGCAACUCCAGGAGAGCCGGGGCUACCGGCUGUCCAGCCACAAGGAGUCCACCUUCAUCUGACGGACGAGGUCACUUCCUCCUGCAGACCUACCUGACGAGGUCACUUCCUCUCUCACACCAGCCAGACCCUUCUGAGAGAAAAGACCUAAUUUUCACCCAGCACAAUGAUAUAACUUCCUGUCGAUCUCCCAAGGCCAAUGAGGUUACUUCCUUCUGUCCCACCCCCCCAAUGCACAAUGAAGUCAUUUCCUGCUGGACCUGGAAGGAACUAGCUCACUUCCUCCUCCUGGCCUAUUAUGUAAUUUCCUCCUUCCUGUCAUUGGUCCAUGAUGUCACUCUCCUGAUGGUAUUACAUCAUCUUCAGACUCUGCUGACAUCACUUCCUCCCCUUCCUCCUCCUCGCCUUUUCUGAUGAUGUCGUCACUUCCUGUCCCUUCUUCCUCCAGCCCCUGUGCGGUUUCAUCAUGGUCAAUACUAACCCCGCCCCACCCUCUGAGGUCAUGGCCUUUCUCAUGGACACACGCACACAGCCUGACACAACCACCCCAUGAUGUCACACUCAUGGCUUCCUGUCAUCUGGGAGCCUCCCGAUGACAUCACUUCC